CGGAGUACUGUAAAUUUAAUGUUUGCCGGACACUAGGUAUCAGUUUUGGGUUUCAAACGCAUUUGGCUACUGUUCUUUCUUUUCUCUCCAGAUUUCUUUAUAGGGCUGCGAGAUAUUGGUUCUGAGCUGAAUCCUCUGUUGCCCACAUUUAUUCUUUUUCCUGAAAAAAUGGACAUCAGUAAUGAAGCAAGACUUGAUCGAUUCUCAAUUGGUCCUUCCACAAUCAUUGGUAGGACUAUUGCUUUCAGAAUUUUGUUUUACAAAUCCAUGUCAAAUCUAAGGCAGCGGAUUUUCCAUGUUCUAUUGAAUUUUGUCUGUCGAUUGAGGGACUCUGUGUUGCCGGUGAUCUCUUGGUUUUAUCCCCAAAAUCCACAGGGGAUAUUGGCAAUGGUCACACUCAUAGCUUUUCUGUUGAAUAGAUAUACAAAUGUUAAAAUGAGAGCUGAAUUGGCUUACCGGAGGAAAUUUUGGAAGAAUAUGAUGAGAGCUGCCUUGACAUAUGAGGAAUGGGCUCAUGCAGCUAAGAUGCUUGAUAGGGAGACCCCAAAAAUGAAUGAAUCAGAUCUUUACGACGAGGAACUUGUGAGGAAUAAGCUCCAAGAACUUCAUCACCGUCGCCAGGAGGGCUCUCUCAGAGAUAUAAUCUUCUGUAUGCGUGCAGAUUUGGUUAGAAAUCUAGGUAAUAUGUGCAACCCGGAGCUUCACAAGGGUAGGCUUCAGGUGCCCAAGCUCAUAAAGGAGUACAUCAACGAAGUUUCAACUCAGUUGAGAAUGGUCUGUGACUCAGAUUCUGAGGAGCUGCUCUUAGAAGAGAAGCUAGCAUUCAUGCACGAAACAAGACAUGCCUUUGGGAGGACAGCAUUGCUCUUGAGUGGUGGUGCAUCUCUGGGUUCUUUUCAUGUGGGUGUGGUUAAGACACUGGUAGAGCACAAGCUUUUGCCUCGGAUAAUCGCAGGUUCCAGUGUGGGCUCCAUCAUGUGUGCCAUUGUUGCCACAAGGUCUUGGCCUGAACUCCAAAGUUUCUUUGAGAAUCCUUGGCAUUCAUUACAGUUCUUUGAUCAGAUGGGUGGGAUUUUUACAGUUGUUAGGAGAGUUAUGACACAAGGGGCUGUUCAUGAUAUUAGUCAGUUGCAGAAGCUAUUGAGACAUCUCACAAGUAACCUAACCUUCCAAGAGGCUUACGACAUGACUGGUCGAAUUCUGGGGAUCACAGUUUGCUCCCCAAGGAAGCAUGAGCCCCCUAGAUGCCUGAAUUACUUGACGUCGCCUCAUGUUGUUAUAUGGAGUGCUGUGACUGCUUCUUGUGCUUUCCCUGGCUUGUUUGAAGCUCAGGAGUUGAUGGCAAAGGAUAGAAGUGGUGAGAUUGUUCCUUAUCACCCUCCAUUCCACCUUAGCCCUGAAGAAGGUUCUGGUACACACACACGCAGGUGGAGGGAUGGGAGCUUGGAAAGUGACUUGCCUAUGAUGCAGCUGAAGGAGCUGUUCAAUGUCAAUCAUUUUAUUGUCAGUCAGGCAAAUCCUCACAUUUCACCAUUAUUGAGGCUAAAGGAGAUCGUGAGAGCUUAUGGAGGCAACUUUGCUGCCAAGCUUGCUCAACUUGCAGAGAUGGAGGUGAAGCAUAGGUGCAACCAGGUGCUAGAACUUGGUUUCCCACUUGGGGGAAUUGCCAAAUUGUUUGCUCAAGAUUGGGAGGGUCAUGUCACGGUUGUGAUGCCUGCGACCCUUGCUCAGUAUUCAAAAAUUAUUCAGAACCCAUCUUAUGUGGAGCUUCAAAAGGCUGCGAACCAGGGCAUGAGGUGCAUUUGGGAGAAGCUUUCCGCAAUAAAGGCCAACUGUGGUAUUGAACUUGCACUGGAUGAAUGUGUUGUAAUUCUGAACCACAUGCGUAGGCUCAAAAGGAGUGCUGAGAGGGCUGCUGCUUCACAUGGGUUAGCCAGUACAGUUAAGUUUAAUGGUUCUAAAAGGAUUCCCUCGUGGAAUUGCAUUGCACGAGAGAACUCAACAGGUUCCCUCGAUGAAGACACCCUUUCAGAUGGUGUUGGUGGGCAUACAGGAGUCAAUUAUGGCCGGAACCUCCGGCAUAACAUACUUGAUGGAAGCGAUAGUGAAUCAGAGAGUUUAGACCUCAAUUCUUGGACAAGAUCUGGUGGACCCUUGAUGAGGACAACUUCAGCAAAUAAGUUCAUUGAAUUUGUCCAAAAUUUGGAUGUUGAUGCUGAAUUGAGCAAGUCCUGGAUAAGGGAAGAUGAAGCCAAAGGGUGGGUGAUCAAUUCCAACUCUGUUGUGAUUCAGACAGCAGGCAGCGAUCCAUACGAUCACAGUUCAAGGGGAACAACACCAGACAGAAGCUUGGAGAGCACAGAAGUUGAACAACGGGAUGUCACUAACCAUAGACUUCCAGCCACUUCUAGCAUCAUGCUGAAUGAAGGAGACCUGCUGCAGCCCGAAAGUGUACACAACGGGAUUGUACUCAAUGUUGUGAAGAGGGAAGAACUAACUCCAGCUCAUGGGGUUAAUGGCUCUGAAUAUUUCCACAAUUCAUCUCAAAUCCCAGUUGAGUGUGUGGAAGUUGGAUGUCUAUGCAAUGAAAUGUAUGAAAGCUCAGCAUCCGAAAAUGGUGACAACAAUGAGACUGUCUACAACUGCCAUUCUGAUAUGGCUCCACCUGAUUCUGAGGAUCAUUCAGUCUCAGAAGAAGGUAAAUUGGAAGUUUUGGACAGAUGAGGGAUUCUGUUUCUGUAAAUACUACAAUUUGGGUAAGACCAGCACCCACUUGUACCAAAGAUGAUGUUACAUGCACCUGUAAAGUUCAAGUUCAAGUUGUCAACGGUAGGGUAGCACUAUUGUAGUAUUGCUUCAGGCACUGUAAAGCUACUUGAAUCUGAAUGGAGUAUACAUGAGGCUGCUUAAUACAUGCAAACUAACACUGCCAUGGAUUACCGCUUUGUUGUAAUUUUAUCAUUCGUAUUUGAUUGUGAAGUAAAGCCCCUGUACAGGUAACCCAAACAUUAGAUCAUGUUACAG